AGAGAUUGCGCUGAGAAGCAUAGAUUGCCCACCAUGGCCAUUUCACCGACUGAAUUCGCCAAGAAGACGGCGCAAUCCACCAGUUGGGCGGAUGCGAAACGUCGAGUCCUUUCUUCCUACCGCGAAUGGAUCCGAGGCGCACCUGAAAUCCAGACGAUGUACAAUGUCCCUCUACCCAUCUCCGCUCUCCGAACACGGAUGCGACAAGAGUUUGAACGAAACCGACACGCGAGCAACCUUUCUGUCGUCGAUGUGCUUCUCUUCAAAUCCCACGCUGAAUACCAGGAAACAAUGAACUUUUGGAAGCAGCAGACUCACAUCCUGUCUUAUUUUAACGACAACUUUAGGGGAGACAAGAGACUUCCAUCUAGCUUCAUGUCUGGUUUCUUGGAGGGCCGAAAUUAGAAGCAAUGCAAGAAAUUUUGUUUUUGUAAAUAUAUCUUUGUAAAGAUCCUAUGUCAAAACCUGCCAUAUAACGCCUUGAAUUCGCAUAAUGUCCAUAU